CUUUGUCCUCGAGAUUAGCAUAGAUCACAUGUAGUAACACAUAUCGUGUCGCCAUUCCGCACUAUGGUUGAGGGUAGAUAAUUGUUUACACACCUAUUUUGACAUAAUAAAAAAAAUAAAAAAUGAAGGUAAUGUUGAAAUUUUCCUGCUCUUUGCCUGCCCUACCGAAGAUCGUCAUUCACAUUUUAGUGCUCCGCCACUUCGCACAUUUUCUUGUUGUGCAGCACAGCGCAUUUUUUUUCUUAAAAUAUUUCAAGAUGAGUAAGCGUAAACUCGAAAGUAACGAUUUAGACGAUCUAUGGAAAAAAUUCAAAAAGCUUGAAAACGAAAUUGCGCGUGAACAAGCACAACGUUCUCGACAUCGAAAACAUCGAAGUGAUUCAAGAUUGGAAAUCCCGCCGCUGCCGCAGUCACGAAGCAGAUCGCAGUCACCGGAACCCGAGUCGCCCGGUUCGUUGCGCUCCAGCUCCGUCACGUCGUCCUCGUCCUCGUCCUCGAGCUGCUCGCAGCGAAGUCGCGAGACGCCACCGAUGACGUCGAGUUUGGCCGGCUUGCCGCCGCCACAUACACCGUCGCAGGAGCCGUCAAGAUACGAAGAUGUGCCCUCGAACGAAGGUGAACCUAACCGAGAGCGUAACGUUACGUGUAACGCACCGCCACCGCCCACGCCGCCGGUGUCGGAGCCACAGCAACCACUUGUACCGGAAUUAGACGACGAACUGCUGCAGGUAUUGGGUGAAGAUCCAUCAAAAGCAAAUACUCCAGGUAAAGACAUACAGUCUGAUCUUGCAAUACGCCUACAACACAUAGCUACAUCUGGGUUGUCUAAAGAAACAAGAAAAGAACUUAUAUCUAAGUACCUACUGCCAGGGAAUUGUACCCUAAUCAAUGCACCUGAUUUGAACGCAGAGGUAAAGGCCGCGAUCUCAGACACGGUCUAUAAAAGAGACCAAGGUAUCAAAACUAGACAGAAGCAAACUGCUACAGCUACUGCUUGUUUAGCAGAGGCACUCACCAUGCUCUUGUCGGCAGAAACAAGAAAUAUGACCCUUAUAAAAUUACUUAUGGAUGCGAGCAAGUUGUUAUGUGACACCCAAUACCAAGACUCAGUUACACGACGAAACUUUAUUCUAUAUAACCUUAAAAAAGACCCAAAAGAACAACUUCAAGCAACAAAGGUGGACGAGUACCUAUUCAGUCAGGGAUUAGCUGACACUUUGAAAGCGGCGAAAGCUAUAUCUAAAUCUGGUGCAGAUUUGAAACAAUCUACCAGCACGCAACAAAGUCAGAAAAAGACAAAUAAGGGAAAAAAGAAUUUAAACUGGCGAGCUACUCUCCCGAAACACAGGCAGAAAGGCGCAUCGAGGAUGAAGGAGUCUGCUCGCAGCACGCGGCCCGAGAACUACUACAGGCAGUCGUCGCGUCCAGCGCCGCCACCUCCCCCGCCGCCGCCGCCGCCGCCGACAGCUCCGCGCGUGCCACCGCGCGCUCACCGCUAA